AUGUCGGCAGCGCACCUUCCCUCGUCUCACUCUUCAAUACCGGCCGCCUCUUUUAGCUCUCCGGGUGUGAGCUCGUCGCGGCACGCAGCACAGGCGCAGGCGUCGACCUCUUCCUUGGCAUCCCAUUCCUACGCCAGCCUCAGCCUCCUGCCAGAAAGCUCAGAGGGCGGCCUGGUCUUUUCCACCGAAUUCUCCCCCGCCGCCUCACCCAGGCGCUCGUCUUUCAAGCUGGCAGCCACCGCACCAUCCUUGUCUACAUCCGGCGAGGCCGCAUCGUCGGGCUCUGCUUCCUCACACGCUGCUGUCUUCACUGCCGCCGCAACGGCCGACGGGAAACCGCCACCCUCGGCCAGACCACGCGCCAGUCGUGCCGCAAGCAGCAGCAGCAGCAGCAGCAAAAGGGCUGAGCGGGAUCCCCUCUUCCAGUCCAUCCCAGACUCGACGUCGUUUGGUAGCGGCGGCGCCGACGGCAAGUCUUGGGGCGUAGCGCUGCACCCGCCUUCGCCCCGCACCGCCCCCGCCCUCACGCUUUCCUACCGCUCUUCUCCCGAUCCGUCCCAGUUCCCUUCCUUCGCCUCUCUUCUCCGCUCCAUGCCUCGUCAGUCCUCGUCCCGUAGAGCCCCGAUCGCCAGCAAAUCUGCAUCUGUAACAUCCUCAGCAACACCGCCGCCACCAUCAGCAACAGCAGCGACAAUAACAUCGUCAUCUCCCUCAGCAGAUCCUUCGCGGCUCAAGAGCAGCUCGACGGCGACGCAUACCGCCUCCACCACGCCCGCCGAAGCCACACCUGCUCCAUCGCUCAUCUCGACGCACCCGUCGUCGCCCGCCACCGCCGACGCACCCGACCUUGCCGCCUCUGUCCUGACAGAGGCGACCAGCGUGGCCGACCUCGACAGCCAGGCAAAGAGCGAAGCCGCAGCCAGCACAGCCAGCACUCCCCAGGCUGCCGCGUCUCCCGCGCCCAAGAAAGCCGCCUGGGGCGCGCCGAAAUCCUGGGCUGAGCUCGCCUCCCGUAGCGGCGCGGCAUCCAGCCGUCAGGGAGCGGUCGGCAUCAGCGUCAACUUUGGCGAGACCGCUGCCGGUUCGCAGGCCGAUGCUUCAGAGACGGGAUCGCCCUCUCGUUCGCCGCGACCCGCCGCCAACGGAAGGCGCAAGAGCGGCGUGGGUGCUGGCGAGGCGGGAUCCAGGCACCACGCUGCGUCGGGACCGGCCAAGCCUGCCGUCAUGAGCUUGGAGCGCAUGCUGGCCGACUCGCACAAGUCCUUCAAAGCCCCGCUCACCCAUCCGCGAGGCCUGGUCAACACCGGCAACUUCUGCUUUGCCAACGCCAUCCUCCAAAUGCUCGUCUACUGCGCUCCCUUUUACAACCUCUUUACUUUGAUCGGGCGAGAGGUGCCGGCCGACUUUGGCAACGCCACGCCGCUGAUGGAGGCUGUUAUCCAUUUCUUGCGGGAGUUUGUGCUGGUCGACACGGCAGCUCAGGUCAAUGGCGCUGGAGGCGAGCACGACGACAGCGGCGAGCACGAGGCGGUGUCGUCCUUUGCACCGGGCGCCAGCGAGCCGUUUGUGCCAGAGUUUGUCUAUGAGGCGAUGCGGCUCAACAAGCGGUUUGAUCAGAUGAGGCGUGGCCACCAGGAGGAUGCGGAAGAGUUUCUGGGCUUCUUCCUCGACACUUUGCACGAGGAGCUAAUCGGGGCCAUCCGACGCUCGGCGGCCAAGCUGGCUCAGUCCGGCUCCGGCGCCAAUAGCCUGCUUUCGCGAAUGAGCGAAGAGGAGAAGCGCCUCAACGGCGUCACCGACGCAGACCUCAAGCGGCUCGGGGUCAAGGUGGGCGGCGCGCGCGAUGGCUCGGGCGCCAACGGCAGCGCAUCCACCGACGGGUCGAUGCUGGGUCUCGGGCUGGACGACGAGGUCGAGGAGCGCGAGGUGACGCGCCCCGUCAGCCCGUCCGAGGAAGGCUGGAUGGAGGUGGGGCAGAAGGGCAAGACAGCCUUCACGCGCACCACGUCGACGUCCGACUCGCCCAUCACUCGCAUCUUUGGCGGCAAGCUGCGCAGCGUGCUGCGGUGCCCCGGCGCCAAGGACAGCGUCACUCUCGAGCCGUACCAGCCGCUGCAGCUCGACAUCCAGCCUCCGCACGUGCAGUCGAUCGAAGACGCCCUCGUCAACCUGACGGUGCCCGAGGUGAUCCCUGGCGUGUACUCGCCGGCCAAGGGCGCACACAUCGACGCCACCAAGCAGGUCUUUAUCGAGAGCCUGCCUCCAAUUCUCAUCGUCCACCUCAAGCGCUUCGUUUACGACGAGGUCGGAGGCGUCCAGAAGAGCCAGAAGCCGCUUGCCUACGGCACCACCCUCGAGAUCGCCGGCGAAGCGCUCAGCCCGGCGAUGCGCGCCCAGGGGCGACCCAAGUACAAGCUGUUUGGCGUCGUCUACCAUCACGGCCGCUACGCGUCGGGAGGACACUACACGGUCGACGUGCUGCGCCAGGACAGCCGCUCCUGGCUGCACAUUGACGACACGACGUUUUCGACGAUCCCGACCGAGCACGUCGUCCGUAUGGCUGGCAAGAAUGCGCCGGUCGGGCACGACGGGCUGGCGUACCUGCUCUUCUACAAGCGCGACGACGGCAGCAGCGACGCCAAGAUCGCCUCGUCGACAGCGCCUGCCAGCACAAGCGGCUUUGCGACGGGAGGGCACGGUGCUGCGACACCACCGUUGAGGAAGCCGACGCGGCCGGCGACGACUGCCACCGCAUCGCCGUCGAGCGGCAAGAAGAAGGCGGAUGCGACGGUGGCCGCGGCGGCGGAGCGCCAGGCGGGCGGCAGACACGAAGCCGCUACCGCGACGGCAGGGGCAGGGGCAGGGGCAGGGGCAGGAGCGGAGAAGAAGAAGCGGGUCGUGCCUGGAUGGUCCAAGUAG